CGGCCCUCUACUGCACUGGGUAAACUGAAGACGGUAUAAUAAAGCCAUGCACUCUCGCUGUGAAGCCUCGAGUAUUUUAUGUUCCUCUGUGUAAUGCAAGCAAAUAAGUCACCAUGUCCUACAUUUACUCACACGAAGACAACGAAAUCGCAUCCUCCAUCGAGGAGAGGAUACAUGCUAUGCGUAGCUAUCAAGCUGCGCUGAGAAGUCGCCGUGCGUCUGCAGGCACUCGAGACGCCGAGGAGAUGCACCACGAUGAACCACAAACUUUUCAGUCGCACGCGGUCGAUCAGCAGACUAAAGAGCCGACACAAACAGUGGAAGGAUUCAAGGUGUGAGCAGUUCCAUGCACGAGGCUUCUAAUCGUUGCAUACUGAUUUAGUAAGCGUUCAUUUCGAUCCGCAGCCACCUGAGACGAUCAGAAACACCACGGAAGAUUCGAAUGAAGUGCAUCACCCGGAGGAGUGAUAACCAUUAUUGCUGCUGCAAUGUGACAAGUCAGUACGAAAUUGAAUCAGUCGAGAUAUUAUGAUCCACGUGAUGUGAUUACAUGACUCGCGUCUGUGUGACGUUUCAAGUUCCGGAGAAGGAUUUAUCAUUUAACUUCCAGUGAUGAAAGUUUGAUAGUAUAUCUAGUACGGUGUAUUCUACCCGAAUGGCGCGUGCGGGGAAGUCUGAAGGAGUUGCCGGAUUCCGUGACACUAGUAAAUGAUACCAAUUUACCAAGUACAGGACAUACAAGUCAAUUGGUUGGACCAUCUUUUCUUACCUCCCUUUGGUUUCGUGUGUCACAAUACUGUUACAACGAUCCGAGAUGUGGCUGUUCCGAGUCCCGAGAGGGUUCCCGUCGCGGUCUCGAACGCCCGGGCUGGGGUAACUAAGGGUUCCAUACUUUAUGUAAGUACUGCGUAGUACCCAGGAGCUGCAAUCGGGUACAGCCGCGUUAUGGAGCAUUGCAUUGUCCUGUCGCGAUAUUACAAUUGGAGCAUACUUCACACGGUCGGUUUGAUCCGCAUGAAGCGGUC